GUUUGGUAUUUGAGGGAAAGGUUAAGAGUCUUUAUUGAAAAAAUUAUAGUUUUGGAGCUUAAUUGAAAAAUUAUUGAAAAAGCCUCAUAAAGUCCAUCCAAAGUUAAUGGGCUGUCAAAUCUGGCGGACCCUUUACCAGCCCAUCAGAGCCCAAGGGUCGUCUGCUAAAAUCACCCAACAAGCCCGCCACAUGGAGUGAAGGAAAAUGGCGCUCUCACUGGGAGCUUACUCCCCUCCCCUUAUCUGCAAAGCCACCGCUGCUAACAACCAUUCCCACCGCCACGUUCAUGACGUUGCUUACAUCCGACGUGCCGUCGAGAUAGCAGACAAAUCUGCGGGCUUCACGUCUCCACAUCCGAACUUCGGGUGCGUAAUCGCCACACGAAGCGGAGAUGUCGCCGGUGAGGGGUACCAGUACGCCCAGGGCACGAAGCCCGCUGAGAUCCAAGCGGUGGAGGCCGCAGGCGAGCAUUGUAGAGGCGCCACUGCCUACCUCAAUAUGGAACCCGGUGACUGCCAUGGCGAUCACACUGCUGUCUCCGCUCUUGUUCAGGCAGGCAUCAAAAGAGUUGUUGUUGGGAUCAGGCAUCCUUUGCAGCAUCUCAGAGGCAAUUCUAUACGUGCCUUAAGGAGUCAAGGUUUGCAUGUUGAGGUUCUGGGGGAGGAUAUGCAAAGUAAGAUUGUGGAGGAAGCUCGGAAAUCAUGCCUCCUUGUCAAUCUGCCUUUAAUUCACAGAGCUACCUCUCGAGUUCCAUUUUCUGUUCUUAAGUAUGCUAUGACCCUUGAUGGAAAAAUUGCUGCCAGUAGUGGUCAUGCAGCAUGGAUAAGCAGCAAAAUGUCUAGGAAUAGGGUCUUUGAACUACGGGGCAGAAGUGAUGCAAUUAUAGUGGGUGGAAAUACUGUACGCAGGGACAAUCCACGAUUAACUGCAAGGCAUGGAGGUGGGCAUAUGCCCAUUCGGAUUGUAAUGACACAGACUCUUGAUCUUCCAGAGGAAGCAAAUAUUUGGGACAUGUCUGAGGUGUCUACUAUAGUUGUAACACAAAGAGGAGCUAGGAGGAGUUUCCAGAAAUUGCUUGCAUCUAAAGGAGUUGAAGUAGUGGAGUUUGACAUCUUAAAUCCCAGAGAAGUUAUGGAAUAUUUUCAUGAUCGGGGCUACCUAUCUAUCUUAUGGGAGUGUGGAGGGACUCUAGCUGCAUCUGCCAUUUCAUCUGGUGUAAUACACAAGGUUUUUGCCUUUGUUGCUCCUAAAAUUAUUGGUGGAAAGUAUGCACCUUCUCCAGUGGGUGAACUUGGAAUGGUCGAGAUGUCACAAGCCUUAGAUUUAAUUGAUGUUUGUUAUGAGCAGGUUGGACCUGAUAUGCUGAUUAGUGGAUUUCUUCAGCCUAUACCAGAUCUGACACCUAUCAUCCCUUCAGAGGAUGAAACUUUUGCAAUUGAUCCCACAGUUACACCUUAUGAAUCAAGUAUCAUAUUCUUCUAUAAGACAUGGGAUCCUUAUGGUGCCUUCUCAAACUUUUCUCCACAUCCAAUUCAAAUGCCAGAUGACAAUGGUAAGUAUGCCACCUGGCCAAGUGUAGAGCAUUAUUAUCAGGCAAACAAAUUUGUUGGUGUGAAUGAUCCUGUAGCAAGGAAUUGCAUUGAAAAGAUAAAAUCAGCAAAAAGUCCAGAGGAAGCAGCACGGAUGGGCAGGUCAAUACAGAGGGGGCAACCUACUCUGGUGAGAUCUGAUUGGGAUAGCGUCAAGAUUGAUGUCAUGUACAGGGCAUUGAAAUGCAAGUUCUCAAUAUAUCCUCAUUUGAAUUAUUUGCUGCUUUCAACUGCCGGGUCUGUACUGGUCGAAGCUUCACCACAUGAUCUUUUCUGGGGUGGUGGCCGUGAAGGAGAAGGCCUUAACUAUCUCGGCAGGCUGCUGAUGCAGUUGAGGUCGGAGUUUCUAGGUGAAUCUUCUACGUCCAGUGAAAACACAUGCUUAGCUUUAUAGUGAAGGAAUUUAAGAAAAUGAAGAAAAUUUUACUUUAAUAUUUCAUGUUGUUUGUAUCCUAACAUCAUUUGGAUGGACAACUCAUUUUUUGUAAUAAUUAAAUCGCAUUUAUGACA